AUGGAGAAGGGAACUCUCGGACAAUUUCAGGGAAAGACUCUUGAUGAAAUUGAGAUUGAAGAUGAAAUGGAUGUAGAUCUGGAUGCUGACCAGGAUAAUGGAGAUGAUGGAGGCAUUGGCGAUGAUGGAGACAACGAGACCACUCAAGGUGGGGAUGAUGAAAGCAUUGGAGACAAUGAAGGUGAUGGAAAAGGUGAAGGUAAUGGAGAUGCAGAAGAUGGGGACAGCGAGUCAGAUUGUGCCCUUGAAGGACAGCUGUCAGUCAUCCAGAGUUCAAGUUCAGAGGUUUUUGUACGACGGUUUCAUCAGUUUGUAUCACUGUGGUGGACUUUUGGUGGAGGAACCAGACUGGAAGUUAACUUGGGCCGAGUCCCCCCCUCCCUGACAGUCCUGUCCAGUGGGGAGCUGCAGCAGGGGACGGCCACACUCAUGUGUCUGGCCAACAAGGGCUUCCCCUCAGACUGGAGUCUGUCCUGGAAGGUGGACGGCAGCAGCAGCAGCAGCAGCAGCUGGGAGGAGAGCAGGAGCCCCGGGGUGCUGCAGGAGGACGGCCACUACAGCUGGAGCAGCACCCUGAGACUCCCUGCAGACCAGUGGACCAAGGUGCUCUCUGUGACCUGUGAGGCCACCCAGGGCUCCCAGACUCCAGUCUCAGAGACCCUGAGGAGAGACCAGUGCUCCCAGUCCUGACCUGACUCCCUGGGACUCUCAACCUGCUUUUACUCUUCUACU